UAGCUGAACAAAAUUGUGUACGGAAUCCGAAAAAGGAGAUUUGCACAUAAAAUUUAAAAUAAGAAAAAAAGUAAUCAAGUAGUACGUGAAAAUAUGUGAAUAAAUCUACAAUACACAUUGUAGAGUAAUUUGUAUUCGAAAUAAUAARUGAAAAGAUUCAAAGUUCCAUAGUAGCCAUGAAUCGUUACACAGUGAGUGCGYUAAUAGGGGAAGGAUCCUUUGGGCGGGUCUACAAAGCCGUACGCAAAGAGGAUGCACAAGUCGUAGCCAUAAAGGUUAUAUCCAAGCGCGGUCGUAGUAGUCGUGAGCUGAAAAAUUUGCGACGAGAAUGUGAAAUACAGGCGCAUCUUAAGCAUACGAAUGUCAUUGAAAUGCUGGAAUCGUUCGAGACGAAGAACGAUCUGAUUGUUGUCACUGAAUUUGCACUCGUAGAUCUGCAUCGCUAUCUGGCGCGCAAUGGCGCUUUACCAGAGGAGAAAGCACAACGUCUUAUUUGCCAUUUAGUAUCAGCACUUUACUAUCUACAUUCCAAUCGCAUACUGCACCGCGAUCUCAAACCGCAGAAUGUGCUACUCAAUGAAGAUUUGCAUGCAAAAUUAUGUGAUUUUGGCUUAGCACGCAACAUGACCAUGGGUACGCAUGUGCUGACUUCUAUUAAAGGCACACCCCUAUAUAUGGCGCCAGAGUUGCUGGCUGAGCGACCAUACGACCAUCAGGCUGACCUAUGGUCGUUGGGCUGUAUAUCGUAUGAGUGCAUGGCCGGUGCGCCGCCUUUCUGUACAACGUCAAUAUUGCAUUUGGUGAAAUUGAUUAAACAUGAAGAGGUUAAGUGGCCAAGCUUCCUAAGUAGCGAUUGUCGCUCAUUUUUGCAGGGAUUGYUGGAAAAAGACCCUUCGCUGCGCAUUUCAUGGACACAAAUACUGUGUCAUCCUUUUGUGGAGGGCAAACUCUUCAUCGCCGGCAUCAAAGCGAAUAAUUCGCCAUUCACCAACCCCCAAAAGCAAAAGAAUACAAAAUGCUCACGCUCUCAAAGUAGUACCAGCUCAAAAACAGAGGAGCUSUCAGAACGUAUUACCUCCAUGAAUCUCGCAAACACUUCCCAUUGCACCAACGACAAUCUGACAUCAUCACGUGACAGUAUUAAUGCUAUACCACCUAGUGAUAUUGAGAAUCUCGAAACGGAUGUUGAAGAUAACACAGUUACUGUGCCAUUCGCUGAUCAAUCUUUCAGAGAUGCAACAGAAUUGAAAGCCCUCAAUGGCGACAUUGUAGUGCCCCAUUUCAAUAUUGUAACGGAGGCAGCUGUGGCGGCGCCUACAAUMAAUUCACAAACUUGCUUCGUCAGCGGCAACAACAACAUGAUACUCAACCAUAUGAAUGACAAUUUUAUGUAUACGGAAAACACAAACGCCUCGCCAUCCCAGCAAAUGAAGCAGUCGCAACAAAAGUCUCCCUCCGAUAAUGUCAAGUUGCAAGACACUUCGCCAAAUACAAAUGCGAWUGUGAAAGUGGCGCGCAGCAAGGAUUUGGAAAAGCGCAAACUCAGUCAGAAUUUGGACAAUUUCUCACUGCGCUUAGGRCAGACACUGGAUGUGGAAGUGCAGCGCAAAACCAAUGAACGCAGAGAGAAGGAUAAAGACAGAGAUAGGGAGAAGGAGCAAAAGUGCAGCAAGAGCAUGGCGCAAUCUGCCGAUGAAAAGCGCAGUACCGAAAAUACUCCACCAUGUCUGCUGCCUGGUUGGGACUCCUGCGACGAGUCGCAGAGCCCACCUAUUGAAAAUGACGAGUGGCUGGCGUUUUUGAAUCGCACAAUGCAGGAAGUAUUAGACGGUGAAUUGGACUCCUUGAAGCAGCACAAUUUGGUCAGCAUCAUAGUGGCGCCACUGCGCAAUUCAAAGGCCAUACCGAAAGUGGUGGACAGCGUAGCUCAACUCCUAUCGCUGCCAUUUGUGGCCGAUGAGUCACGCUGUGUUAUAGAGCUCAUACAAAAUGUUUAUAUCGACGUAAAGCUCGUGCCCAAUCUCAUGUAUGCGUCCAAAUUGUUGAUUUGCCACAAGGGCGCCGGCGAUUCGAGCGCUUCCUUGACACAGGCGCACGGCGGACGUGCCGUGCGCGCCAUGGAGGAACUGAAUAACGAGGAAAUAUGCACCACAUCGCGUCUCUAUGAACUAAUCUGUCACUUGGUGCACAUGAAGCAGCAGUUCCUCACGCAAUUCUGCGACGCAGUGGCCAUAUUGGCGGCAAACGAACUGCUCAUCAACCUGCUGCAACACGAUUUCARGAAUGCCAAUGCGGUGCGCAUCUCAAACUGCAUUUUGGGCCUGUUGAUAUGCGUGCUGCGCGAGCUGCCGGAAAAUGCGGAUUUGGUGGAGCGCGUCAUAUUCAGCGGCAAGUUGAAUUUAGUAGCGCUUUUCAGCAACAGCGAUGAUUUGUUGCGCAUGCGCAUGUGCAUGCUCUUUCGCUUGUUGGCGCGUUUCAGUCUGCGCGGCSUGCAGGGUGUUUGGUGUACGGAUCUCAAGAAAGCAAUCGAACAUUUGGCCGAUGACGACAACCUGGAAGUGCGUGAGAUUGCCGAGAGCACAUUGGAGGAACUGCGCCACUUCACUUUCUAUGCAUAAAAGUGGCCAAAAGCACACAUAAUAAUGCUACAAACAUGACAGCUA